AUGGUUUCUAAAUCUCAAAGUAAGGAGACUCAAGUUUCAAAAGCUCAAAGUAAAGAGCUUGCAAUUUCAAAGGCUAAAAUGAAUGAAGACAAAGAAGUUCAAAGCAAAACCUCAAAGAUUUUGAGAUUUGCUUCAUCUGCCGAGAAAGACCCUAAUAGCACAACGACAUUUGAUGAGGAGCCAAAGUCAACUCGUGAUAUCAACACAAUGAGCCGUGUUGUGAAAAGAAAAAUCCAAAAGAUUAAACCUAUUGUUGAGUACAAUAAAAGGGGCAGACCACAUGGCAAGGCUGUUGUUGAGAUGCAAUCGUAUAUUGGUGUUUUAGCACACACCAGAGUCACUCUUGUGGACAAGAAAUGGACCGAAUUGCCCAAGGAUAUAAAGGAGUAG